UCAAUAUCAGCAGGACUUAUUAACAAGCGCUGUGUUGAUGUUCGCUAAUAUCCACAUAUGAAGAGAUAAUCAGUCUUGGGACAAUGCAAUAAUAGUUGCUCCUCUUAAAAAGCUAAAUAUUACACUGGAAUACCUCUUUAGCUAACUCAACAAUACUCUUUUCACAACUGUUGAGACCAUGUAUUUUGGCAAAACUCAUCAAGACUUCUAAGUGAAUGUAAUAUCAUUGGCCUCAAAACAGUACAAGAGACUGCAAGUCUUUCUUUAUUGGCAAAGCACAAAAGACUGAAUGGAGAUUUCACUCCAAGAAAAGAUGUUUAUUUGGCAGUGCAGAUGUUUCAACAAUACUUCAGAGCAGGCAUCUUCUGGUAUUGUUCAAAGAUAGGAAACCUCAUUUCUUUAAAACAGACACCCUGGAACUUUUAUUAUAUUACUUUCAAUAGAUCAGUCUUUCAGCUUUCAGAAAGGUGUGAAAUAAUUUGGUCUUGAAAGAAAACAAAUCAAUUGACCAGCAGUGACUUGUGACUGACCAGGGGUGUUUGAUUAUCAAGACAAAAAUAGUGCAUUGUUGUUUUGUCACUCUUUUUUGCCAGACAUGUCACACUUCGUUAUUUUCAAGAGGAUGACUUUCAACAAAUGAGACUUAAGUUGGUACUGAUAACCAAGCUUCGCACGAUUCAACCUUGUCUCCUUUCUUCUUAUAAUGGAAAAAAAAAUUACAUCACUUGCAGUUUUGCCAAAAGAGUAAAUAUGCUGGCAAUAUAAUUAUCACCCCAUCUCAUUAAAAAACUUUCUGUGGAAGUAAUAUUAAUCAGAAUAAACUUGCCAAAAACAUCAUUUUCAACUUUCACCCCAGGGCGACAUCAUUACCCAUAGUACGUAACAACUGCAAUGUAUGUGAUACAAAGUAGCAUAUCAGCGAACUAACAAAAUGAUGUGAUACACACACACACACACACAGUCCAAGUACAGGUGAGACUUAUUCUUAUGGACUCCCCAAGUACUUGACCAGCAAGAAUAAAGAGAUGCAGAUAAUGUGAUACAAAUAGCGAGUGAUUACACGGACACUUAAUUCAAAUGAAACAUGGACUGAAAGGACAAGAGAAUCCAUCUCUGAGACUGAACAUUAUAGAUUUAGAAAAAGGGGCUUAUAAAUUGUGCUAAAAUAGAAUGUAACCGAUUUGUCGUCUUGUCAUGAUAAUGUUACAGCGCAGGUGGAUAACUGGUAGAUAACCAGUGCGUCAAAUCAAGGAGAGGCAGUCUGAGAGAGCAGACAGAGUUAAAUUGAAAGAACAGAAGCUGAAUAAGCAGAUUUGUUCACACCUCAAGCAAUUUCCACCAGCUCUAUAAUAAAAAGAGAUUUGCAACUACGGUCACUCAUCAAAGAGCAGUUAGCAGUAACAGCACUUAUCAACGUAGUAAGUGCUACUCAUGUGGGCGCAGCUCACAACUUAGAAAUUGAAGGAGGAUACCAGGUCAUUACUCGGAUAAGUGGGGGACAUAUAUAUAUAUAUAUAGUGAUGUCAUCAGCAAUAUCAUAACAGUGUUCAGUGGCACCUCCAUCCCUCAGCAAUAUUUGCUGCAGUUACAAUGUAAGAUGCUAAAAUCACACAUCGAAUGUGAUAUCCACAAAAGGAGCAGCACUCUGAUAUUGACCGUGAAAUUACUGGAAAACUAUUUUUGCAGCAAGAAUAGUGGUUUCAAUACCGACUAUUUAAAACUGGGAAUUAUAUUUCAUUUACUCUCUUUGAUAAUUACAACGAAAUGGAGGAGACAAACAGCAGCAAUCUCACAUGGACAAAUAACACCAGCAACUCUAGUCAGCCAGAUGGGCCCUUUGGGAAGGCAGAACCCCACUACUUCUGGCCCAUCCUCAUCAUGGCUGUGGUCCCUGUAGUGGCUGUCACUGGCAACAGCUUGGUGUUACUGGCAGUGAAGUAUGACAGGAGACUACAGAAUUCCUUCAAUUAUUUCCUAGUGUCUUUGUCCAUAACUGACCUGUUGGCUGGAGUCUUGACCCUCCCACUGGCCAUCACACGGGCCUUUCUGAACUACUUUCCUCUGCCCUCCAUAUUUUGUACCUUGUGGUUCUGUACAGAUGUCGUCCUCACUACAGCGACCAUAUUUCACAUGUGCAUUAUGUCUGUGGACCGCUACAUUGCCGUUCGGUACCCCUUCAAGCACCUUCGCUCACGCUCCAAGAAAGGCCUGAUCUUUAAAAUCACAUUUAUAUGGGGACUAUCCCUUACGGUGCCCAUUCCAUUUGUUGUGACCACCAUUGCAGCAAACAAUGAUGGUGGACCCCAGUGCGUAUGGAUUCGCUCCACAGAGGCCAUUAUAUUGUCCACAAGUGUAACGUUUUACAUUCCUUUGAUAAUAAUGGUGGUGGCAUUUUUCCUGACUUUACAACACCUGCGUAAUGAAGGCCAUGUGAAGUACAGAUCACCAUCUGAGGAAAUGUCUACGGCCACAUCGAGCGUGCACACGUUCAGUCACAACCCAACUUUCUCCAUUAUCAAGGCAAAGUCAACAAACUGUCUGGAAGCUGGGGACAAGGAGCACAGCAGCAGAAGUCAUAGCUUAGCACAUUUUCAGAAAUUCUGGAAAACCCACCCAGAUGAUGAGAGGAGGAAACCCUGCAGCCACAGACAACAUUCUAGCGAGGGGGAGGAAGAUGGCGGCCACACUGGCGUAAAUAUAACCCAAGAACUGCCACCUAAUAAACAACAUAUUUGCAGUUGUGGCAUAGUUUUAGAUUUACCGCCAAGUGACAAUGAAUCAAACGAGUCCAAUUCUCCUUGCCUCAUGGACAGCGGACUAGUGUUUGACGCUGAGAGCCCUGAGACACAUUGUAUCAAUUCAAACAAUAAAGACUUGCUUGGGAUACAAAAUAAUAAAGAUAACUUAAAGAUACAAAGUUGUGAAAUGCUGAGCCUUAAACGGCACAGUCAGGACAGCAAUACCCCCAGUAUUAUGAGGGGCUUGAGGCAAGUGAGGAAAACAAUCCUAUACAGAAAGCAGAUCUCUGCAGUAAGUCUGCCCAUCAUGGCUAAAAAUCACUGUAAUGGGCCUGAUCACAUUAAGAAGUACAGUGACCCAGAACACAACUCUAUAAAUACCCGCAGCCAGCGUAACCAGAGGAAAGCCUCAAAGACACUAGGCAUACUGUUUUUCGUGUUUGUUCUUAUGUACUUUCCUUUCUUUUUGACGGCUGUAAUUUACACAUCUUGUAUGGAGUGUCGGCAUGUGAUUUCACAGACUGUAGUCUCAGUAUGCGAGUGGCUGGUGUUUGCAACCCCCAUGGUCAAUCCUAUCAUCUACAGAAUAUUCAACCCAGACUAUAGGAAGGCCUUCCAGAAACUUCUGCAUUGCUAUUACUGCAAAAAGCAAUCUGGGUUGUGAGAAAUAGCAUUUUUAGAAAAAAAUGGGGGGGG